GUGAUGAAGAAGGGACACCCAGUCGUGCGAAUUGCUGAAUGUCGACAGCAAGGCACCGAGAGAGGAUGGCGCGCCAAGGUAUAACAUGUGCCAAGACCACGCUCGACAGGGCGCCUGCUGCGCGGCCAGCACAGCUACGACAGCAGCUUGGCAAUCAGCUGCCCGCGCCAAGCUUUCGACGAAAGGCGCAUAUCCUCUCGUGUGCAAAGACGAAAGAGCAAGACUUUUGAGCGGACUUUUGUGCGCUAAUUGCUGAACUUCAGGCUUGGGCAAUGAAUCACGAAUGUCGCAAAGCUGCUGCUAGGGUUCACAGUCUGUGGCUAGAGCGGACAAAAGAAGAGGCAAACUUCUAUGCAAAGGGCGUUCGCAAAGCCCAGCGCUGGCGCUCGUUGGAUUUGCCAGCUACUUACUCCUUGGCAGCCUACGUAUCCGACGAGACUGGCACACUCAUCACGACUUUACAAUCAACAGCCCACGUGAUUGCAAGUGCUAUCGAGCUCUCGAGUGCUUUCAAUGGUCAGCGAGUCAGCCUCCACCAGCACUCAUGAAUGCCCAAGAUGCCAUUCCUCUAAGGUCUGCAUCGUACAUUCGUCUAACUACACUCUUCGAGACUGACACAUCCUUGAUCGCGCACCUUGCUCUGCUGACGGCGAGCCGUACGAUAGAAAAGGACAAAGACACCGGCAGGUUCAGG